AUGGCUAUCCCAUCAAUAAAAGAUGUAUCCCGUUCCUACGCAGUUUACAUGGGCCAUUCCAUCAUCACGCAUGAGGACAAAUUAAGACCGAGAUUACAAUCGUGCCUUCAUGCUAUGAAAGUGACAGGCAGAGAGAGGGUGGCGUUAGUGCAGUUCCGCGGUGGGGUGCCUCAGUUUCAAACUGAAUUGACCACCAAUCCUCUCGGAGACUGGCAGAUACAUAUGGGAGACGAAGGUGUCAACUUUGACAGCCAUUUCUUUGGAUUCUUCACCCAGCUCUAUGCGCUAGACGAAAAGGAGCCAGUGAUUGCAGACAUCAUUGCUAUCGCCGGACUGGAUGGACAUGCGUACGGAUCAUGGCAGGGGAGAGGCAACCUCGGUCGGAUGUGGCUCCGUGACUUUCUGUCGAAGGAUCUCCCACAAUGCCGCACAAUGAUUUACAGGUACAACUCGAGGUCGUCGAGCCAUGGGGUGGAUACGAUCCUGGACUAUGGACGGGAGCUGAUGGAGGAGAUCAAGAAGAUUCGAAACACGGAGACGGGAGGAUCCGCUUCCUGA